GUUCGUUAGUGUCUAUACUGUACUUCGUUACGUGCUCUCAUGUAAAUCGGAGCCUUCGACCAAGGUACCGUCGCCUUCAAUCGCGUAACUGGAAGUGAACAAUGUCCAUUCACAAAACGCUAAGUAAGUCAUCAAAAACCGCAACAUUCAUCUCGGCGGAAACACCCCACUCGAGACAAAACAUAAAAUUUCGACCACCGAGUGACAGAUUUUUAAUAGCCAUUCAAUCGUAAGGUUGUCGUGAAGAGUUAAAUAUCGACGCAUCGCGAUUUAAUAAAACCACUGCAUGUUUGUUGAUUUAAGUUUGGAAAAUCCGUAGAUUCUGUUUACGAUAUAAAUGUAAUCAUUUAAGCCUUAAGCAAUUUGUUUAUGUACAGUGUAAUUAUAGAGGUUUUAAGACCUCCACAGUCUUGUUAUAAAAAGACAAGUUUCCAUAUUUUGUUGUUAAUUAGUAGGGCUGUGAGUAUUGAAUUGUUAACAUGUGUGAAACCAGGAGGUCUGAAAGUUGUGAUAGUGAGAAGAAAUAUGAUUUGGUGCCACCGGAAGGCGGCUGGGGCUAUGCAAUUUGUAUUGGGCUUUCUGUUAUAUUUAUAGCUGGUACAGCUCAUCAGCCAGUGUUCGGGUUUAUAUACAAUGAUUUUUUAGACGACCUAGGCGUUGGAACCGGAGCUGUCACUGUGGUAUAUGGAGUAUUUCAAGUUACACUUGCUAUUGCUGGGUUUUCAGCUAAUAUAGCGCUUAAAAAAUUAUCAUUAAGACAAGUCGGACUGAUUGGAGCAUUUAUAUACACGUUAGCAUCAUUUCUAGCAAUAUUUGUGGUUUCCACAACUCAAUUAAUUAUAACAAAUGGAUUCCUUCAAGGUCUUGGCAUGGGCCUGCUCAUUCCGGUAGCAUAUACGAGCUUUAACAGUUACUUCACAAGGAAAAAAGUGCUUUAUUUAAGUCUUUGUAAGGCCUCUAUUGGAUUUAUUACAAUGUUGUAUCCGCUAUUUAUGAAAAUGACUAUAACGGAAUAUGGAUUUCGAGGCACGUUAGCCAUAUUAUGCGCGAUAUCGGCGCACAGUAUUCUAGGAGCUUUGGUGAUGCAACCGGUACAAUGGCAUAUGGUUAAACAGAACAAGUCCUGUGAACAAAUUGUUUUGAUUCCACCGACGCCUGCCAUCGGUAACGACAAAGGGUUUGACUUCACAAAAAAUGUUAAUGAGAGCGAAAAUACCAGAUCAGUUGAGAAUUUAUAUAUGAAACGAGACUUGGAAGACCCUCACAAAGGAUCGGGUCUCCUUUUUAUCCCAAAAUUAACCAACUCAAGGAGAUUAAGCAUUCCAGUUGUUUUGAUACCUGCAGAUGGCAAGACUGAUUCCAAAUUUAAAUCUAGUGACAAUGUAUAUUUAGAGAACUUAUAUAAAGCUGCGUCAGUAUCGAGUCUUGGCAAUUUUGGUAAUCUAGUGGAGCCUAUGCCUAUUAUUAAAAACAAGGAGGGGAAAUGGCAGUCUAUUGCUGAAUUUCUAGAUCUGACACUUCUCAAAGAUCUAAUAUUUGAUAACAUUGUAUUUGGAAUGGCGCUCGCAUUUUUUGCUGACUUAACAUUCUUUACAUUAGAACCACUUUUUUUGGAUAAAAACAAUCUAUCGAAGACAGAAAUAGCAAAUAUCAUUGCAGUAGGAGGUGCUACCGAUAUGGUGGCCAGGUUGCUCCUCGGGGUAUCAGGACAAUUCUUUAGAAUGAAUAGUCGAUAUAUGUUCUAUUCUGGUGCCUUAUUCUCAGCUUUUUUUAGGCUAGUUCUAGUCAACUAUACAACAUACACCCCGCUGUUAAUAUUAACUGGAAUAUUGGGUGCUCUACGGUCACUGGUUCACAUAGCUCAACCAAUAGUUAUGGCAGAACACGUCCCAAUCGAGCGGUACCCUCCGGCAUAUGGACUAUAUAUGUUACUGGCUGGAGGUAUCAGCUUGAGCGUCGGACCAAUGAUUGGUUUUAUCCGAGAUUAUACCGGAAGCUAUCGAGUUGCCUUCAUUAUGUUAGCGAUAUGCAACUUUUGUUGUGUCGUGCCAUGGACUAUUGAAGGUGUAAUACGGUUUUUGAAGAGAAGAAAAAAAGAAGAAGAAAACACAUUACAAUCGACUAAUCGGUAGUAAGUGUGAACUGUAAAAAGUUUUGUUGUUCCUACGUUUGUUACGUUUGGAGGUAUACAUUUAGUACUGGAAGAUAUAGUUUCUAUAUCAUUACUGGAAAAUUAGUAGUACAAUUCUUAUGGUAAAUGCAGUUAUGGGUACCACACACGAAUUCAAAUUUAUAGAUGUAAAAAGUACUAUUGUAAUUUGUCCCAUACACUUGAUCGUGUUUGAUCUUUAAUAGAGAAUUUAUUGUGUUAUCUUCAUCAUAUGCUGAGAUACACUAUCUCAAUACUGAAUUCAUUUAAAUGACAAAUCAUUGUGUUAAUAUGACAUCAGUUUCUUCCGAACUGUAAAUAGAAUUCUUGUAGAAUGUAUACGCCUGAUAAAUACUUAUUAUGUUUUCAAAAGUGUGAUAACGUAAAAUUGCUCUUCAUUAUGAAUAAAAAAAUUAGUUGUUAGUACUUAAUAAUAUAAUUUAAAGGUAUACAAAACCAAAAGAAGAUAUUUUUUCACAAAGGAUAUUUAACACUCUUAAUAAAAUAUUACGAUAAUUAAAAAAUGUAAAUAUCGAUUAAUAGUUACUAUGUUGCUGUAUUUUGUAUUAUUUUGAUAUCAAAAUUAAUCAACAGUUAAUACUUAAAACUGGCAAAGAACGUAAAUAUACGGAAAAUGAUAUAUUGUGCCACUGGUAAAAUCUAAAUGCAUUUACAAUUUGUUAUCUCGCAUAACUCCCAUGUUUGCCUCUCGUUUACUCUUACAUAAUUUAUUAUUCAUUUUUAUAUUUUGUAUUUUGUUUAAUUAUGCCAUGUUUUAUAAUCGUAACAAAAAUAAGUAUAAAUAAAUAUUAAGUAAUAUAAUGGUAAGAUUUCCUAUUAUGAAAUGCUUCAGUUUAAGUGAUAAGUUUAUUUUUGAUACUGCCAAAAACGAAUGCACGCGUAAAAUAUGUGUAUAAUAUAUUGCUGCUAAAAUGAUAACCAAAUUAAAUCGAGUCAACAACGUACGUAUGUGAUAUUCUAAUAUUUUAAUCAAGAAUUUAAAAUUAAAAAAUGCUGGCUAUACAUGUGGAAUUUAAUAAAAAUGAAUAAUUCAUUUUUAAUAAAAAUUCUUUUAAAAUGUUAAGUUAUCACUUACUAUGUAUAAUUCUGUAAUUUAUAUAAAGUAUUGUGCUUGGUACAUAAAAUCUAUAUUAUUUUAAAUGUGAUUUUAAUUUAUAUUAAUAUAAAUCAAAAUACAUAUCAUUUUAUAAUACUCACGGUCCUCAGAGUAUUAAUGGUACAAUAUUAGGAUAGAAAGACAAAACGCUUUAAAUUGUUUUUAAGGUUUAUAAUAAGAAAUGGAAUAAAUAUUUUUAUUAAA